CACGUUAAUACUGCAUUGACCGUCUCUCUGUUGGCACUUGUCUUCAUUUUUGGUCUCUGCCAAUUAACAUGGCACCAUGCUCGCAUCUCUAGCAAGUCAGUCACCGUUACGAGAGCACACAUUAAUGCUGCUUUGAGCGUCUUCCUGUUGGCACUUGUCCCUCCCCUUCCUUGCAGCCACACGCACCAAAGCACUGUCCCGACCGCCCCCGGCAUAGAGUGACAUUCGGCGAACAAUACAAGGGAUGGACCAGUGAGUGAGUCAUUCGUUAUCAGUGACAUAGCAGCGCACUAGAUCCGGCCAGCGACAUAAUUGCCACCGUCACAAUACUCGUCUACCCUCCCGUUCAAGGAAAUAAAGGCACCGGUGGCUCCAUUAUCCCUGCGUAGCUUAAACAGGAAGAAAGAUUUGGCUUAAGCGAAAGGGACCAGUUUAUAUUAAUGCUUAUAAAAUCUUUGUUUUAUUUUUGUCCUGCACCGUUCCGCGAAUCCUUCAUCCCUACACCUUGAUUUGACUCCGUCACCCUCCCGUUCAUGGAAUCGUCUCCGGCGAGUACCUCCGGGCGCGGGUACCCAUACUCCGUCGACUCCUCGCCUCGAUCCCGAGGCGGCGACUCGUGGCGCGUCAUGUGCAGCUACGGCGGCCGCAUCCUCCCCCGCCCCACCGACAAGUCUCUCUGUUACCUAGGCGGCCAGACGCGCAUGGUCGUCAUCGACCGUCGCGCCACUCUCGCUGACCUGUCCGCCAAGCUCUCGCGCGACCUACUGGGCGGCGCCGCCCCCUUCACCCUCAAGUACCAGCUUCCCAACGAGGACCUCGAUUCCCUCAUCUCCGUCGCCGCUGACGAGGACCUCGAGAACAUGAUUGACGAGCUCGAUCGCAUCGCUGCCGCCCCGGCCUCUUCUGGAAGCGGCAGCGGCUCGAGGCGCUCCGCCGGCCUUCGUCUUUUCCUCUUCCCCGCGAAGUUGGAUUCGACGCCUUCUUCCGCCAUUGGGUCGCUGAUCGACGCGUCUAAGUCGGGGACUUUGUUCGUUGAUUCUCUCAAUUGCGCGAUUAGCGGCAUGGCCGUGGAGGAAAUCCCUCGAGGUUCGACCGAUUCCGCCUCGAUCAACUGCCUUCUUGGCCUCGACGAUGGUUCCUCCACCCACAUGCGCGGUGUCGGUGGACAAUCUGAACCCGAACGGCGCAUCCUCCUUCGCCCCGAUUCCUCCAGUGGGCUCGGACGCCAUGGCCAGCAAGUCCAAUCCGUCCCUGGUUCGCCAAUGCUUGAUAAAGCUUCUUCCUUCGGAUCUACCUCGUCUACUCCCCUCUCCAAUCUCCCACCCAUCCCCGUCCCUACCAUCGAUCGGACUACUGAGCACCAAGAUCAUCAGUUCUCCCACAUCAACCGAUCACCGGACUACGCCUCCAAGCAAAGGGUCGAAGAGGGUUUCAAAGACGCAGACCAUGCUGCUCAUCCCCGCCACCCUCCGCCCCUCCCUUUCCCGAUCGUCUCUGCUUCUUCUCCCAACAUCUCCCCAACUGAAAACCCGAAUAGAGACAUCUCCGAUGACGAUAAGUCUGAUCGUGGAGGCUUGAGGAAGCCGUCACAGCGGCUGAUUACCCCACAAAACGAUAAUAACAUCCCCUGUGAUCCAGAUUCAAGGGCCAUGAACUCAAAUCCAGUGAAUACCAGCUAUUUUAUGUCAUCGCCGCCAGUCACGGAAUUACCAGCUUAUAUAAUGCCUCGAACCCACUCAGAGCAACUACAGAGGCAACAGCCCCGUCUCCAUUUUCAGCAACAGCAUCCACAGUUUUUGCCAGCGAAUACUCCUUACAUACAUCAAACAGCAACUGGAGCAGUUCUCUCGAUGCCCUCCAACUACCCAAUUGCCGGUCAUCCUAUGCACCAGACGCCACAAGUUCGUUCACUCGAUCCCCAGGUUCCGGUGUUCUACAUGCCUGUUCACGAUACAACACCCUACGAUUCGGCAGCAGUUCCGCCUAAUUUAACAGAUGCCCGUACUUUACACGCUCUAGGAAAGCCAUCAGCGCCGAUUCAAGCAGUUCCGACAAAGUCCGCUGUUCCAAUAAGUGCCUAUGUAACACCCGUACAUGUUGCAGCCAAUCAAUCUCACCCUUAUGCAGGAACAGGGUAUCAUGUCAUACAGCAUCCUCAUCUAUCUCAGUCCCCAUCGACAAUGGUUAAUUAUAGCUAUGAAAUGCCUGCUGCCACUGGCCAUCCACAGAUGGUCUACUCUCAGGCAGCUUCCCAACCAGCGUUGCCCUGGCAGUAUCAGCCAGCCAGAUCCGCAGCUUGUUACGGGAGAGCAGCUCCCGAAGAUUUGAACAAUCAAAAUAUAACAAGAGCUCGUUGAGGUAGUCAAUAUGGUUUCAGGAUUCAUGCUAGAGUCUGGGACUUUUAUUUUAUUAUCUAGCUUAUGUAAUAUGGUUGCAUUAGAAUAAAAUUUAUCUAAAUAAUAAGUUUACCCUCUUGUGUAUUUAAA